AAUGUUGGAAUAUAAGACAGGUGAAAAACUGCCUGUGUAUCUUUAAAAUAUAUCAGGAAUUUACUUACCCACUCAUAGCUUAAAGACAAAAUUUAGAAUUCUCCAAGUUUCACUCAAUGAAGAGGUGAUUUAUAAAUCAAAUCCUGGUAAUCACCUAUGUUAAAAUAGCCACAUAAGUACUAUCAAGGGAGUAAAGUGCUUCAAUACCUGCAUGUUUUUCACUGUAAAUGACCAAAUAUUAGGUACCACUAAUGCAGAAAAUAGAAAGCCAACCAUCUCGUGGGCUCAAAACUGUUUGUGUUGCAACUAAAAACCAGUGCAAGUCAGAUGUUGUGGAAUCAGCUAAAGAGGAAGAGAGAACAAAGGGCCACAACAAUGGCUUGGAACUGCUACCAGGAACUGCAAAAUACACAGAUCCGCUCAGUGACAGAGUGCUGAACUGUAACAUACAACCAAAUUGUAGUAAAUCAGAGGAGAAGAUUGGGUUUGAAGCUGGCACAACCAGACUUGGUGGGGAUGAGGAAAGUAGUGCAAGCACAGCUGCUGCAGUAGCUCCAGGGAAACAAUCUCCUUUUGUAUCUCUUAACUCUUCGGGUUACUCGUCCGAUCUGCAGAGGCAGUCUCUUGAAUCAGAUGCAGAAUCUACCCAUGGAGAUAAAAUGGCAAUAGGUAAAUGGGAGCAUCAGUCUGAAUCGCAAUCUUUGGAUCUGAACACAGACUGUGAAGAACAUUCUCUGGGAUCAACUGUGGAACUAGAAUUCCCCAAAGGUGUGACAUUAUCAUAUUGUGUUACCAGACAAAAAUCUGGAGUUCUUGAUCACAAGCUUCAGGAGAAUGCAAGGAGGAGGUUGUGCAUUCUAGAAGGGGAAAACAAAUACAUUGUAGCAUUGUUUAAUGAAUUGUCAGCAAGACUGAUGUCCAUUCAUGCAGAAAAGGAUCUCUUUGUUCUCACCUUUAAAACUGUUGAGGAAAUCUGGAAAUUUACAACUUACCUUUCCCUAGGGUUCAUUGGGCGAUGUUUGGAGAACUUGUUGUUAGAUCAACAUUUCUGGUUGAAUGUUUCUCUUGUGGAGGAUGUGAAGAUUCAAGUUGAAGUGAAUGAUGCUGAUUUGUCAAUGAUGUAUCUGGAUCUUCUGUUACAGGAAGGGCCCUUCUUCACCAGAACCUUAUCUAACAUACAGAAGAAUGAAAAGGAAGAUGUGAGCAUCUGCAAGGAUGAUCUCAUUAUGAUCAAGGAUAUUGGGAAUAAUUUCAAAUGGGAAGCAACUUCACUUUCGACCAAUGAAAAGGGUCUCCUUCCAGUAUCUGCUCCACAGACUGUUCUCUACCCAUUUUACCAGUGGUUCCUUAAGAUCAGAGCAGGAAACUUUAGUGGAUAUAAGGAAACCAACCAGCACCACUUUCCCCGUUCUGUCGAGCAAAAUGGUGAAAAGCACCAUGAAGUUAGCCCGGAUUGGGGUGGGUCAGCCUGGCUGAGACGCACCAGUCCUGUGGAACAGAUGGCCAUGGAGGAUGCCAGGGUGCCUGAACAGCUGUCUCAUGGUGAUGGUGAAGUUCCGUUAGCAGGUACUGGUACCUGUGUUGCAACUAUGGAUUACAAAGAGGGUGAGGUGGAUGAAUUACGUUUCAAUGAAGGAGAAAAGAUUCAGAUAAUUGGCCUCCUUCUUUCUAACCUGCAGUGGGUUUUGGGAAAGUCUUUAUCUACUGGAGAAAUUGGGUUUGUCCAAAUAAGGCACGUGCAGCCUGACCAAUUCAAAGCGCUGGAAGCCCAUCUCCUGUUCUUAAGUGAGGAAGAAAAAUCAUCUCUGAUUAUGCUCAAAAAACCUGAUGAACAGCAUUGCAUCAAUCUCCUGAACAAGCUCUGCCAAACUGACAUCAGUACUGUUUAUCGUUUAGAUAAGUGCACAUGGCCAGAGGUAAUAUCAGAAAGUGAACAAGGAGAAUUCCUUUGUUCAACAUUUGAAAACGACCUCCCUUCUGGCCUAACUGGACUAGCUUGUGAAGCGAACAUUCCUGAGACUAACUCUUCUAAAUCGAAGGAAUUUGUCCCUGAAGCAGAUCAACCUGAUGAACAAAAGUUUUAUGUAGACCUUAGUCUUGGAGACCUGGAUGAUCCUGAAGUUUUUGACUCUGUACUAUUAUUCCUAAACCAAGAGGAAUAUGUCGCACAUUUCAAACAUUUCUAUGAUUUGUCCUUUUCCUUCAUAGGGUCUAUUUUAUAUGGGGUAACUGAAGAAAGAGAAGUGUUACAAUAUUUGGAAAUGGCAAGGGAGAUGGCCAAAAGAUACAACAAGCUCUGGGCUUAUUCCAGAAUCUGUUUCCUUUUAGGAAGACUUUGUGCUAAAAGGCUCAGGUUCUCCCAGGCUAGAGUUUACUUUGAAGAAGCAAUGACUCUAGUGCAAGGGACAUUUUCUGAUCUGUACCUGUUGACUGCUUUAUAUGUAAACCUGGCUUCUGUGUACUUGAAGCUAAAAAUGAAAGAGAAAUCUCAUACUCUUGUGGAAAAGGCUGCAACUCUUCUCCUGUGCAUCCCAUGCCAUGUGUUCAGUUCAGAGAAUGAGUUGGAGAUACUUAACAUUAUACUUAAAAAAGCAAUGAUCAUUGAUGAUUACCUCCUGGAGGCACGUGUCUGUUUUCUGAUAUCAAAACUUUUUCUAGAAAUUGGAAAGUAUGAAGAAACUUUGCCAUUUGCUGAACACCUGCAGUUUCUUUCAAAUAAUUUCAGUUCACAAAGUAAAAUAGCUCCAGUGGAUGUGCAUUUGAUUUUAAGCUCAAUAUACAAUAAGAAAUGCUUACCUGGGCUUGCACUGGCAGCACUAAGACUUGCUCAGCCUGGCUCAAGCAGCACAUUGUUUGAUUCUUUGCAGAAAGCUGAUUUUAUCAUUGCAAUAAUCUCUAAGUUUAACACUCAAAGAAUUUGUAAUGGUGAAAUUCCUACACAAGCUGCAUUUUACCUUCAAGAGGCUUCAGAUCUUUCAACUAGCACAGGCAAUAUAUACAUCCAGAGGGACUUGUAUUUUGCCUUGGCCAAUUUAUACCGGCAAUAUGAGUCAUAUGAAAGGGCAAUUGAUUACAUGACAAAGUCGGCAGAAAAAGCAAAACACAUCAGUGAUGGGGGAGCUUUCAGAAGCUCUCUUUUUCUUGCUUGGUUGUACAUUUUAAAUCAUCAGCCCACUGUGGCAUCAGGAAUAUUAAAUUCUCUUCUGGAAUCAUCACUUGAGACAUGUGGUCCUGUACAGCGGGGCGUUGUUCAAAACAUGCUGGCAAUAUCUCUAAGAAAGAAAACCAGACUGAAGGAAGCUCUGAAGAACUGCCUGUGUGCAAUAAUGACUGCAGAAGAGACUGGCGUAAAACAUAACCAAGCUAUUGCCCAUGCUAACUUUGGGUCUCUGACUCUGAGCUGUAAAAUUCUAACACUGCCGGAACGCUACCUCAGGAAAUCUCUGAACCUAUAUUUAGAAAUGCAAGACUGCAGCUCAGAAUCAGGUUGUAUGCAAGUCCUCCUUUGUUUAGGACAAUACUACAUAGACAGAGGCUUGAUCGAAGAUGGGAGACUGACUUAUGAGCUAGCACUUCUUACUGCCAUGAAAACCAGUAGCAUUCAUUACCAGGUCCGGGCUGUUGAACGACUCUGCAGUUUUUAUGAGAAGGUUUUACAUGAUAGACAGCAAUGUAGUAUAUAUUAUGAGCACUGGCUAAUGCUUUCUCAAAAGUUAAAGAACAAGGAACAAGAGAUGAAAAUGUUGAACAUUCUAAGCCAUCUGCACCUGUCAUUUAACACAGAGAGUUCCUACAGAUUAUCAUUAGAUUAUACCAAACAGAGCCUGAAGAAUUUUAUUGAUCUAGGAAUGCAAAACAAGGAGGCAGAGGCUUGGCUGCUGGCUGGAAAAAUCUAUUACAUGAUGGAAAAAGAUGAGCUUGUUGAGCUAUACUUUCAGGCAGCUGUACAAACAGCUCAGAGAAUGGAGGAUUUGCAGUUUUCCAUGAAAAUCAAUGAAGCAGCAGGGGAUGUGUUUUACAAUGGACCUAGGGAGCGUGAGAAAGCACAAUCAUUUUAUAGGGAUGGGGCAGUACCUCUGGCUAGAAUGACAGGAGAUACCGAUGCAGAGCUUAGACUUCUAAAUAAAUUGACUGAGCUCAAUACCUCACUGAACCAUUUAGAACGAGCCCUAGAAUAUGCGAUUGCAGCUGUAAGACUCAGUGUAAACACUGGAAGCCAACUGAAGGAACAGGUUGCUUUUUAUCGACUAGCCACGGUGUACUACUUAUACCAACAAUAUGAGAUGGCUGAGAACUAUUACCUGAAGGCGUUAUCGCUCAGUUCCCACCGAUUGCAGUCUGCUAAAGAAGCCGUGUAUUACAUGAAGGUUUACUUCAGACUAGGUGACAUUACACUCCACAAACUCAAGGACGCACAUGAUGCUGCUGGCUACUUCCAUUUGGCUUUUGCUGCAGCUACUGAAUUAGGGAACAAGCAAGAUUUGUUUAACGUUUGCACUCGGCUUGCCAACAUUUACAAGAACUACAUUGUAAACGAAGAUCUGUGUUUGCAGUUUGUUCAGCAAGCAAAGGCUCUUAGCAUUGAGCUACACAGAUGUGAAAAAAGCCCAUGAACAGCUAAUGUGAAAUUAUAUAAAAUGUAAAAUGAACUCCUGCAACAUCUCCAUUACCACAGCUAAGUUGUUUGAAAGUAAUUGCCAAUGUCAUAUUGUAUCUAAAUACAUUUAUCUUUUUAUUACAUUCAAAAACCAAGGUGAAGGUCAAAGAUCCAUAUUACAGGACAUUACCAGGUUAAAAUCCUAAGGAUAGUAAACAAAACAAGUCAAUAAGUGGUAACUGAGUAAUGCCAACCUUGGAUUCUAAGAGUCAGUGGAUUAAGGAGAGGAAAUGAUAGAUAGGAAGAAGUAAGGAAUUCACAGUUUUGAGUUUAUGGGGAAUACUUAGACUGCACUGACAAAUUCUUUUGUUCUAUUCUGAUAACCAAAAUGAACAUCUGGUAGCAACAUGAUUAAUGUGUCUUCAAAGUGCUCUGUGAUAGUAAGAUAGCUAAAUGCUUACCAAAGCCAGACAGUUAGACAACAGGAUUGAUUGACCACAGCAUUUGGUAUCAGCAUUGGGAAAAAUUCUUGUAUUGCUCUACGCUCCAGUAUGUUUAGCUCAUCAUUAGCUGUAAAUUAUUCUGAAUAUCAGAGUAUUUAAGAUACAAAAAUUAUGAUUAUAUAGUGAGCCUGUAGAAUAACUAAGUCCCCCAUGCUAACAAUAGUAAAUUAUAUUGCUCGCCAGUUGCAUUAACAAAAAUUAUUGGUGCCAUUGUGUUUUUACAAUGCAUGUGAAAAUGCAUGUGAAAUUUAACAGCUUCUUUAUAAAGUAAGCUGGAGUUCAAAUAGUCUACUGUUAAAUCACAAAUUCUUUUAAAAAAAAUGUCAUUUUGAAAAAAAACAGUGCAAGGCAGAUUUGAAAUAAUAUAGUACCUAUACCUCAUUCCUGAUAAGGUGCUGUAUCUAAUCUGCCUUUCUUUCAUUUUUUCACCCAUUCAGAGACAACUGUAAGCAGAAAUGUUAAAAGAUAUAGCAAUUGCAAUGUUUUUUUUUAACGGUAAAGACUAUUGAAAAGUGAAUUAUGAAGAUUUAACAUAAGUUAACAUUUUAACCAAAUUCUUAUUAUGGUACUUAAUUUGUCUCAUCAACCAACACUUGUACCUACAGAAUCCACAGGCAGGUACUUUUUCUUGUUUGUUAUUGUCAACAUCAAGUGAUCUGUAUAAGUUUGAGUGUUAAACAUGAAAGUUCAAUUUGCAAAGAAAUUAAGAUAAUGUGAACAGUGUAGCAUUUUAUUAUGUUUGAAAUGCAGUAUGUUGAAUUUAUCAUUACCUAACAGUAAUGUGAACAAGUAUUUUUAUAUUUAAGUAUUUUAUCUAACAAAAUUGAAGCUUCCUUUUAUAUUUUUAUAUUAUAAAAUGGGCUAAAUAUUGGAAUAUUAUUUUUUAUUGAUAACACUAUCAUGGCAAAACACAAUAAUAUCAUGUCAUUUUCAUAAUACCAGAUAUAGAUCCAUAUAUUUCUUUCAAUGUUAACCAAUAAAAUUGAACAAUGUUCUAUAAGGCCGUAGACCUAUGUUUGUCUCUAAUUUUCAUGAAAGGUUUCUUUUGGUUGCAUGACAAAUAUUAUCUUACACCAGUAACUGUACAGCCACUCAGCAAGGCAAACCAGUAUUACACUGGCCAGGGUAGCUCUCAGGUUGAGGUCAGCAAGAAAGAAACAUUUUUCAUGGACAGAACUUUGUGUUCACAGUGUGGCUGAUUUUAAAAUUCUAAGAGAACUUGCUGCUAACAUCAAGGUUAAAAGCUUUGUAAAGUUCGCAGAUCCAAUCGGUACUUGUAAUAUGUCACUUCAUAUAAGGUUGGAAUCAUCAUCCACCCAGACAGAAUAGAAAGCUGUGAAAGACUAUCUAAUAGGGCUGGCAUCAUAGCUGCUGUAGUGAAGUGGGAGGUCAAAUCAUUCCUGAGUUAUACUGUCUAUUUCACAUUUAUACACAGUUAAACCAACCUUGUGUUAAUCUCUAAAUGACAGAAUAAUGCUAUCUCAAUAUUUUUUUGAAGAGCUCCUAAUUCCUAUCAGGGAGUUCCAGCGACAUUUGUCUAAUUUAGUU